UGGCGUUCAGGAGGCGAGGGGUCACUGUGGAUGAACAGAGCUGCGAUGUGAUGUAUCUUGUUUAAGAUGCAUUCCAGAAAUUAAAUUUUUAACGUGAUCAAAGGUCACAUUAGGUCUUUUCAUGUCACACCGUUUUAUCUGGUGUGUCAGUGAAAGAUACUUUGAGUGGCGGAAUGUAACAGUUUCAGAUGUACUUAAGUAGAGAUUUUAGGUAUUUUGAGUAUUUCCAUUUUAUGUUUUUUACACUAGCCCACUACACUUCGGAGGCAGGUGUUGUCCUUUUUACUCCAUUACAUUUAUCUGGCAGUUGUUCUCAACCUUUUAGGCUUUGGCGUCUGCUUGGGGCCCCUUCGUUACGCUUCAAAUCUCUUUCAGUUCCACCAAAGACACAUUUCCUCUCUAAACUUCUUUCAUGGUUUUAUAUAAGUAACUGUUUGAGGCUCAAAGAGAUAGAAUUAUUAUUUCACCCCCAAAAAGCAAAGAUUAGAGAAAUGUCAAAAAAUAAAUGAAUCUGUGUUAGAACUUCCUCUUCCAUUAACCAUCAUUAUUUUAAUAUUGUGGUAUUGAUAUCUUCUUUAGUCAAGUAAAGUUAUAGAAUAUUUAUUCUACCAUUGCUUUAAUCACUACAUUUAAAUAUAAGAUACACUGUGUUGCACCAUCUUGUGGUGGUUGGAUACACAACUACUGUAAUCUCAAACACACUUACUGGCUUUUCCUUUUCUUUUGACCUCAUCUCAUCGUCUUUGUCAUUGGAUGGAGUUUGACAUUUUAUUUUAUGGGCGUGUUAUAACAAAAACGAAAAACCAGACAGAAAGAAGCUCUACACAGACACACACACAGGGUGUUUAUUUGCAUAAUACACAAGCCUCAAGUAAAAAAAAAAUUUUAAAAAACUGUGGCCUUUGUAACAAUAACCCAGUAAUCAUUUACAUAAAGGGAAACGAGAGAUAUUCAACCUUUGUUACUGAACACACUGUAUAUUGCUGCAGUUAAACUGAACUCAGCUUCCUUUUAUUGUAAAUAAGAGGAUAUUCUGUAGCCUGCAUGGGGGGCAGCAGGCCUGCAUUAAAAGUAGCUGCUAUUUUACACAGGUAUCAUUUUCUCCUCUGGGAAGACCAUUUCAUUGUGUAGGCUUAUCUGAACAACCAACUGACAUAAUAUUUUCAAACAGCUUGUGAUCAGAUGUCCUUGGUUUUGCAGACUGUGUAAACCGUCUGGGGUAAGAUUCAACACUACUCACUGACUGAUAGACGAACAGUUCACCUGUCAGUUUACAACUUUGUUUUAUAGGAAGGUGGUGAAAGUUUAUAGAUAACUCUUAUGCAGUGACAUUUCUGAAACCAGUUUUGUGAGUCCCGCAGCACGGAGUCUUAACUUGCAGGAGGCCGUUCGCAGCAUUCCUGGUGUGGAUUUAGUUGCGCGUCACCAGGCUUAUUGCGGUCAAUCAAAAAUGGGUGGAAAAAUCAAAGACUUCGAUGAAAUUACGUCUUUUCUGGGCGACUACGGCCCUUUUCAAAUCCUAAUAAUUGUUCUGUUCAGUUUAAGUGCAAUUCCAUGUGGCUACAUGGGAGUACUCGCGGUUUUUGUUUCGGAUACACCUGAGCACCACUGCAAAGUAUCGAUCAGCUCCUCGCGCAACGGCACAGAUGUGGAGCUUCCCUUCCGCGAGCGGAGCAGCUGGAUUGGACCUGACAGCUGUUCACGAUACAAAGUGGAUGGAAACUGGUCGGAGACAGUGUUACUCAGUAAUGAGACAGAGCAAUGUCUGGAUGGCUGGGUCUACAGCACUGAGAGAUACACCGCGACCAUUGUGUCUGAGUGGGAUCUGGUGUGUGACAAUGCAUGGAAGGUCCCUUUCUCCACUUCCUCAUUCUUUGUGGGAGUCCUGAUUGGAUCCUUUAUCAGUGGUCACCUCUCAGACAGGUUUGGCAGAAAGCCGGUGUUUUUUUUCACCAUGGUCUUGCAAACAGUUGCUACCUUGAUCCAGGCCACCUCCGUCAGUUGGGUCAUGUUCAGUAUCCUUAACUGUUUGAGAGGACUAGGCCAGAUAUCCAAUUACAUCGUGUCACUCGUGCUGGGGUCUGAGAUGCUGAGCCAGUCUGCCAGGGUGAGCUACACUUUUCUGGGCCACAGUCUAGGUUUUGGCAUCGGUUAUGCCUUGUUGCCGCUCUUUGCCUACUUCAUACGAGGCUGGAGGAUGUUGCUGGUUGCCACUGCCAUCCCCGGCUUCCUAUUUAUUCCAACAUGGUGGCUGAUUCCUGAGUCUCCACGUUGGCUUUUGCAGAAAGGUCGUGUGGAGGAGGCUGAGCUUGUCAUACGCAAUGCUGCGAAAAGGAACAGAGUCCCCGUCCCUGAGGUCAUAUUCAGGGCUGGAGAGUGCUUGGAGCUCAUGCAAAAUAAAGGUGAAGAAGAGCAGACAUACACUUACAUGGACCUGAUACGCACCCGUAACAUGAGGAACAUUACAAUGCUAGGUGUUUUUAUAUGGAUGUCUGUCGCCAUGGUCUUCUAUGGUCUCUCUCUCAAUACAAGCAACCUGAAUGGAAAUGUCUACCUCAACUGCUUCAUUUCUGCGGCCAUUGACAUUAUGGUGUAUGUAGCCUCUUGGCUGCUGGUCAACCGGGUCCCAAGACCCACUCUCCUCUUCUCCACACUCAUGUUCUGUGGCAUCACGCUUCUGAUCAUCAGGCUGCUUCCUGAGGAAAUGCAUGUCAUGCUGCAGGUCUUGGCCUUGGUGGGAAGGAUGGGUGUGUCUAGUGCUUACUGUCUCAUCUACGUGUUCUUCACCGAGCUGAUCCCCACUGUGGUCAGGAACAUGGGAUUAGGGAUCGCCUCCACAGCUGCACGAAUAGGCACCAUCAUUUGUCCCUAUGUGAUUUACAUAGGUGUUUACAGCAAGAUGCUCCCAUACAUUGUUUUUGGCACAAUCAGCAUCAUGGCUGCUGUUGUUAGCAUGUUGCUGCCAGACACCAGAAACGGCAAACUUCCCAGCCUUAUCAGCCAGGCCAAACCUAUCAGAGGCUCCUGCUGCUGUCCAACGGAAAGGGCUACAGUCAAGGCAGAUACAACUGAAGGCUGUAAAGAAAUGAACAAGAGCUCCCCCUGCUGAAAGAAAAUACACAGCAAGAAUUGAGUGAUCACAGACAAAAGCCUUUACAAUUAAUACACAGUGUUUCUGUGGGUUUUGAUGUGUGGGUGAGACAUUAAUGUUGUUCGGGGUUUUCAAACAGGACAGAAUAAGCUAUAUCAUUUAUGUUGUUUUUUGUUGCCUUUACAUGACUGGUUUUAUACAUAAAGAGGUGGCUGGGUUACAUUUCUUCCAACUACUUCAGUCUCUUGAUCAAAAAUCAGACUUGUUAUUAGACUUAUUGUUGUUUUGUAUGUAUCUGGUCCUAUUGUUUGUUGGCAGGAUUUUUGAAGAAAUCUUUUUUAAUUUGCAUUUUUUUCAACAAUUUCACUAUUUAUUUUUUUAUUUUUUUGUCAUGCUUUGGUCGCUUUUUUCAUGCACUGUUGCACUUACUUGAAUGAAAGUAAAGUAAUGCCACACGUGACAAGUGCAGAACAAGAAAAGUUAAAUUUGACAUUUCUGCCCGUUGAAUAUGCACAUAACAACUAUAUGGUAAUGAUGGCUUAGAUUGACAUUUAAAGUUGGUUAAAUAAUGGGAUGUUUCAGGAUUUGUAGACUCAUAUUUUUUGCUGUAAGAUAUGGUCUUGUAAUUUGAAAUUUAAAAAUGUUAUUUUAAUGACUUUUUUACUUUUAAUACAGUCACCAGUGUAUGGAAGAUGGUGGUUAUUCUUAUUCUUAUUCCAAUAGAUGAGCUGUGUGUCAAAAUCUAGUUGACACUAGUAUAGACAUAUCAUGAACAAUGUGCUGUGUGCGCUGUACCUAAUGGGAGCCUAACUAAUGAAUCCAACCAUGCCUGGGUCUAUGAACAUGUACUCUUAGUUGCCAGUUUCUUUCCUAGCUAAAACUAACAUAGUCUAUUACAGGUCCUGCCAUAAAUACUAACUCUGUGAAGGCUAUAAUAAGAGUGGUUCCAAUUUAAGUGUAUGGUCAUUUUGGAGGCUGAAGUUUGUAUUGCUGUUACAUUGUAUUGUGUCACACUGACUGGUGUUUCUAUUACUUUGUCCACCACAAACUACAGCAUCCAACAUGACCAUAAAGUUGGAUCAACACCUCUCUAAAACCGUUGCAACAAAAACUGAACAUUAUAACGGGAUUGCUGCAAUUAGUUUAAGCUAGAUGUAGCCUAGGCUUACCUAAUAAACUGGCAACUGAGUGUAAAAGCAUCCUUUUGUUUAUGCUUAUAUCAAAAAAAUGUUUCAUAAUUGUAAAAAUAAACGCUUAGAA